AUGGGAAAGAAGGAAGAUGACAAUUCAUACUUGAGCGUGAAAGAUUUUGAGAAAAGGUGCAUCGAGAUUGAUAGAAGGUGGACUGCCCUUCAAGCUUUAUUGGUGGCUGCAAGUGUAGCUUUUUCUAAAUUAGAGGAAGAUCACUUGGAGAAGAAGAAGAAGCUACAGCCGCCUGCGGAACGUAAUGGGUUUUUGAAAGUUGAAGAAGGAAAAAACAUAAACAAGAAUGUUCCAGGAACUAGCAUGGCUGAUGAAAAGAGAGCAGGAUUGCUCAAAGAAGAAGCCGGCGAAAACCCCACGAAAGAAGAGAAGGAAAAUCCAAGUGCUUCGUCUGGAAACGGUCGGAAACUUCUUGCCGAUGCCAUGACAAGCCAGAGAGUUUUCGACUGCGAGGAGUUGGUAAAUCAUCAGCAGCUGCAGGAGAAUGUGAAAGGUGAAUCAAACUUAAAGAUUGAUAUUUCAGAAAGUUUGAAGAAAUAUAUCCAACAGUUCUGGGAAGGUACGAGUAUUAUGCGGGUAAUACAGAAAUCUUUGUACUCUUCCGAUGUUUCGAAUUAUCAUAACAGGUUGUCCAUUCCAUUGAGACAAGUAGAGCAAGAGUUCUUGACUCAAGAAGAAAAGGAGAUGGUUGAGAAAGGAGGCAAACUGGAAGUGCUUUUAGUUGAGCCUUCACUUAAUUUUUGUGAAAUCGUUUUGGCCAAAUGGAAUAACUCGUAUGUGCUAAUAAAAGAAUGGAAUAAUGUCAAAAAUCGGAGUAAGCUGAAAGCAGGUGAUGAAGUUCAAAUCUGGUCGUUCAGGACCCCGGAAAAGCUUUGUUUUGCCCUUGUCAUUCUUCGGAGAAGCUAA